GCGAGGCCGGUGCGCUCCGCUGGCAGAACCGAGCCCGGGCGGGCAGGUGGAGCUGAGACCCGCGAACGGAGCAUGGAAGAUUCACAGCCCGGGAUGGACCUCAGUAACCCUCAGGAACAGCCCAUAGCUGCAGAAGAACAAGAGGAUUUGACAGACUGUAAUCUGAACAAAUCCCAGGAAAUGGAAAGCGUGGAUAAUGUAGAAGAUAUGAAGGAGCACAAUCAGUCUAAUGAAGAAGCAGGAGAUGAUGUGAUUAAAGUGAAAGGUGAAUACAGUGAAAGAGAGGAGAGUGCUUUAAAUUCCGAGCCUAUGGAAAACCUGGAAGAAUCUGAACUGCCUUACACAUAUCCCAGAGAAUAUAACGAAUAUGAGAGCAUUAAACUGGAAAGACACUCGGGUUCAUAUGACAACGUCAGGCCAGCUAGUGGAAAGAUGAAUUGUGAUAUCUGUGGAUUAGCCUGCAUUAGCCUCAAUGUCUUGAUGGUUCAUAAGCGUAGCCACACUGGUGAACGGCCAUUCCAGUGUAAUCAGUGCGGAGCUUCCUUUACUCAGAAGGGAAACCUCCUCCGCCACAUUAAACUACACACAGGGGAAAAACCUUUUAAGUGUCACCUGUGCAGUUAUGCCUGCCAAAGGAGGGAUGCGCUUACGGGUCACUUAAGGACACAUUCUGUGGAGAAGCCUUACAAAUGUGAGUUUUGUGGAAGGAGCUACAAGCAGAGGAGCUCGUUAGAGGAGCACAAGGAGCGGUGCCGGACUUACCUGCAGAAUGCUGGCAUGUGUGAGGCUGCCAGCGUGGAGGCAAGGCACAUCAAGGCAGAGAUGGGGACUGAAAGAGCCCUUGUGCUGGACAGGCUAGCAAGCAACGUGGCAAAGAGAAAAAGCUCAAUGCCUCAGAAAUUUAUUGGUGAGAAACGGCCCAACUUCGAUAUUAAUUACAACUCCAGUUUCCUGUACGAAAAGGAGAGCGAGAUGAUGCACGGGCGCAUGAUGGACCAGGCCAUCAACAACGCCAUCACCUACCUGGGGGCCGAGGCGCUGCGGCCGCUGGUGCAGACGCCGCCGGCGCCCACGGCCGAGGUGGUGCCAGUCAUCAGCAGCCUGUACCCGCUGCCGCUGCCCCGCGCCGACGUCCCCAACGGCUCCGCGCCCGACGGCGACAAGAGCCACCUCAGGGACAAGAGCCUGUCCUCCGACAGGGGCCUUUCCCCGAACAACAGCGGCCACGACUCCACAGACACUGACAGCAACCACGAGGAGAGGCCCAACCCCGCCUUCCCCCAGAGCCAGGUGAUCGCCGCUCCCACCCGCAACGGCCUCCAGGCGCUGAAGGAUUUCCCGAGGCCCUACGACAUCAUCAAGCCGCCCGCCAUCUGCCCGCGCGACGCCUUCAAGGUCAUCAACAAGGAAGGGGAGGCCAUCGGCGUGUACCGCUGCGACCACUGCCGCGUGCUCUUCCUGGAUUACGUGAUGUUCACCAUCCACAUGGGCUGCCACGGCUUCCGCGACCCCUUCGAGUGCAACGUCUGCGGCUACCGCAGCCACGACCGCUACGAGUUCUCCUCGCACAUAGCGCGGGGAGAGCACAGAGUCGUGCUCAAGUGAAAGGACCGGCUCUCCAAGGUCAAAGGAUGUGUUUCCUGUCAGAGGAGAGGCUUGGUUGGUUGGGGUUUUAAUAAGCAUAAUGAGAUUUCUUGAGUAUUUUUCUAGGCCGGUUUUAUGUGUGUCACGAGGAGGUGGCAACUUUUUAAAUUUGUUUUUCCCGAUAAUUCAGUGUUCUGUAGCAUCUCUGCCUGGCUGCUGUGGUGAGUGGGACUGUGGGAAACACCAGGAGCAGAGACUGGUUUUGAUAUGAACUUUAUUUUUGUGAAACUUCAGAGCCAUUUACGAUGUUUUCAAUUUUUAACUUGUGUUUGUUUUUAUGGAGUUUGCUUUAAGUCAGCACAAAAUAUUUUCAUGCCAAUUCCCCUGCUCACUCAGGUGUACAGUCAGAGGUGUUUUAGAGGAGCUUUUCCUGGUUAUAAUCCCAAUGGCCUCCCAGUUGCUCAACACCAAAACAAGGAAAACAAGGGCAGGAAAGGUGAGAGUUUAUUAAUUCCUCCUUAAAGCUUUUCCUCUAAGCCCUAACGAGAGUGUGGCACACUUUCAUUUUUCUUACUUGCUGACAUUCUUUAAAGUUACUCAGUAAGAGGAUAAUAAGAAAUGAGACCUAUUUGGGGUUGGGAUUUUUUAACAGUUCAUAUUUUUGGGAUACCCAAUGAGGUCACUGGUUGGCUUAUCCACGUGGCCUGGAGGAAAUCCCAAUUUUCAUUGCUGGAAACUCCUCCUUUCUGAUGGGUCCCUAGAAGGAGGAUGAAGCUGUGCUGUGUGUUGUGCCUCUGCCUUGCUCUCACAGCAGGACAUGUGGCUGUGCCAUCCAUGUCCCACAGGGUGGCCCUGGCUGGCUGUAGACAGGUGAGACCUCAGGCAGGUGUGUGAGAGCCACACCCACACCAGGACAGCCCUCAGGAGGUGCAGCUCCACACCCUGAGCAGGUGCCAUCCCUUUGAAGCUGUUUUUUACAACAGUUCUUUGAGUCUCCCCAUGGCCCUGCAGCUGUGUCGGUGUCCCUGUGCUGGAGAGGGGUUUGGUAAUGGCUUUGCUGAGUGAAGGUUUAGUCUUUGCAAAGUAUUUUUGUAUCUCAUAGUUAGGAGUGUUCUGAUGGACUUUCUGCAUCCCUUGUGUGAUUUGAGAGUUGUGUUGCUUUUGUGCUAUCCCUGGUGAUCCAAUCAAUUCCCUAAGGGAAGGCUGGAGAACUGAGGGUCAAAUACUGAAAUUCAUCCCUUUCUCUGAAUUCUUUUGGCUCAGUUAUUUCCUCCCUGAAUUUUAAGGUACAAAAUAAGAAAUUUAUAUUCAUUAUUCCCACUAAGGGUGGGUCUGGAGAGGCAUAAAUCAGCCUGCAGUGUGCCUGAGUAUCCAGAAUGCUGUGGAAAUGCUAAUCCAGCAUUUCCUAAUGCUAAUCCUGCUAUCCCUGGCAUUGAGAAGAACUCUUGCUGUUAUGUGUGGAGCUGUAAAGCAGGUUUAGGAUGUUUCCCAGAGCCCCAUGAUGACAAAGGUGCAUGUUGGCUCUCCCCCAGUGAACAUCCAUGUCACAAUGGGAACAAUGCUCCUCCUGUGAGGGAGGCUGCAGUUCCACCAAGGAUCAGCCCCAAGGGCCAAGCUUUUGGGUCCACAAAACAGAGGGAAAGGGAGGGGAAGGGAGCGAGAGAAUUCCCAGAGAACAAAGAGAAGGUUGCCCUGACAUUUUAAAGUCCAACUUUUUUAGGACAUUGUGGUUGUGUUUAUCAGUUUCUAAUUUUGUGACAAGCUUGCUUUCCAAUGGCUU